CCGCUUCUGGGCGCGUAAAUCCCGAAAUAUUACAACCACAUCGACUUGACCAAGAGAUACUAAUAGGAUUUGAAUUUUCCGGUAAAGAUUCAAGUGGUCAUAGAAUGGCUGGGAUGACUAACGAUCAAGGUAUUUCAUCCCAUGUUACUUUCGAUUCUUCCUCAGUUUGGAAAAUACCAGACUCUUGGACACUUGAAGAUGCAGCAACGGUUCCUGUUGUGUAUUCCACUGUUAUUUAUGCUCUUUUAAUGGUUGGCGAUAUGAAACCGGGUUCAUCAGUUCUUAUUCACUCCGCCACUGGUGGUAUUGGACUAGCUGCCUUGAACAUUUGUCUCCACUAUAAAUGCGAAAUUUAUGUAACCGUUGGCACUCAGGAAAAACGAGCUUAUUUAGGAGAAAAUUAUCCACGAAUUCCAGACAAUCAUAUCGGAAAUUCACGAGACACCUCGUUUGAACAAAUGAUCAAAACGGAAACCCGAAAUAAAGGGGUUGACAUGGUUCUGAAUUCCCUAAGUGAGGAUAAAUUGCAGGCUUCAAUUAGGUGUUUAGCACGGGGGGGAAAGUUUAUCGAAAUUGGGAAAUACGAUUUGGCGAAUGACAAUACAUUAAAUCUUUUGUUCAUGGAAAAAGAAGUUAGCUAUCACGGUAUAUUAUUAGAUGUCGUUUUUAGAAACUUUAAAGAAAUGAAGCCCAAGCUGGUUAAACGUUUAAUCGAGGGAAUUGAAGCAGGUUUUGUAAAACCCCUUCCCAGAACUGUGUUCAGUGCAGAUGAAGUUGAAAAAUCGUAUAGAUACAUGAUUACGGGUAAACAUAUUGGCAGAAUACUGAUCAAACUGCGAAAUGAAGAAGAAGAUAGUGUUAGUACAUUCCACAUGAUGUCAAAUCCACGUUUCCACUGUGACGUGCGGUACACUUAUGUCGUUAUUGGAGGACUAGGUGGAGUUGGUUUAGAAUUAAGCGACUGGUUGGUCCUGAGAGGUGCAAGAAAACUAGUACUAAGUUCGAGAUCGGGUAUUCAAACUGGUUAUCAUCAGCAAAGAAUACAUAUUUGGACAACAUACGGCGUCCAAGUUAAAAUUUGUAUGAAAGACUUUACCACUGAGCGAGGCUGUGAAGAUUUAAUCAAUGAAGCGACUGAGCUUGGACCUGUCGAUGCUAUUUUUAACUUAGCUGUUGUUCUUAAAGAUGCACUAUUUGAAAAUCAAACUGAAGAAACUUUCGAAACUUCGUUAGCACCAAAAGCUCGCGCUACACUAUAUUUGGAUCGAGUCACUAGAAAACUGUGCCCAAAACUAAGGUAUUUUGUCAUAUUCUCAUCACUAUCUUGUGGCCGUGGAAAUCCGGGUCAGAGCAACUACGGUAUGGCGAAUUCUGUUAUGGAACGAAUAUGUGAGUAUCGAAAGCGAGAUGGAUUACCAGCUGUGGCUAUCCAAUGGGGCGCAAUCGGUGACGUUGGUUUGGCGGCAAAAAUGCAGAGGGAGAAUAAAGAGUUAGUGUUUGGUGGUAUUGUUCAACAAAAAAUUUCCAGCUGUCUUGAGGUACUAGAUGUCCUGUUAAAACAUAACUAUCCGGUUGUUUCUAGUAUGGUAGUUGCCGAAAAACGACAGAAAGAUAACAGUCUUAGUGCAGCAGAAACGGUUGCUUAUGUCUUGGGAAUAAAAGACAUGAAAACAAUAAGUCACUAUACGACAUUUGCGGAACUCGGUAUGGAUUCGAUGAUGGGUACAGAAAUUGUUCAAGUUUUAGAGAAAGAUUUUGAAAUCUACGUGACAUCCAAAGAUGUGAGAAGUUUAACAUUCGCAAAAUUAACUGAAAUGGAAGAAGGAAAAAUCAAAAAAUCUGUAGAAGUUUUAGACAAAAAAACAGAAGAGGGCGAAAAUUUAUUCAUUGCGUAUAUUCCCAAUCGCGAAACUGUUCAUUUGCCUGCUAUUAAAUUAAAUAGUCAUGUUGACUCACACCUAGAGGUUCCGACGGUGUUCGUGUUACCAGGAGUGGAAAGCAUCUUCAAACCAUUAGAAUUUUUGAUAAAUUCAUUAAAAGCUCAUGUAGUUGGAGUACAGUACAACUAUAACAAUCCAGAGGAUUCUAUUGAAAGAACUGCACAAAACACACUGCCGCACAUAGAAAGUUUUCUAUCCAAAGACACAUCCUUCUACAUUAUUGGAUAUUCAUUUGGAACUCUAGUCGCCCUAGAAAUGACCAGUUUGUUGGAAGAAAAGGGCUAUACUGGUAUUUUGAUUUUAAUCGAUGGUUCACCAGCUUAUUCAUCAUCUUCUUUAAAAAAACACUUCCCGCAUGAAACGGAAACCCAAUUUCAAACCGCCGUUUUGAGAAAAAUCUCUUCUCUUUUGAUUCCGUUGAACGUAUUUUCGCAAUAUGAGGAAAUGCUGAUGAAGUCUAAUAACUUUGAAGAGCAAAUUGACUUAUUUUUGUCUUUGUUACCUCCCAAAAUAAGAGACGAAGUGAAAUUAGAAAAACAAGCUGGCAUUGCACUGUAUAAACGUUGUAAAGCUAUGCUUGACUAUACAUUUAAAAAUAAGAAAAUCCAAUCGUCAGUACAUCUGUUCAAAGCAAAGUAUCCAAUGGUUCAUGAAACAGAUGAUUAUCAAUUAUCAACAAUAUGCGAUGAUGUUGUACAACUGACUACAGUAGAUGGUGACCAUGCAACAAUUUUAAAUAGCCCAGAUUUUGUAAAAGCUGUUAGCGAAAUAGUGGUACUGAAACAAUAG